AUGUCUCAACCAAACAAAACGCCCCUCAAACCCCGCGACCCACCGCCAUCCCUCUUCCUGCACCCCUCAGCAGCUCCAUCCCACGCCUCACUCACCAACACUCAACCCCAACCCUCUUCCUCUCACCCACCACCACCACCAGGCAGCUCCCGCCCCGGCUCCUCCCUCCUCCGCACCCCACCAGAACCCUUCAACUCCCCAGGUGUCACCUCGAUAGCCUCCCUAACAUCCCCAGCAACAAUCAACACCACCGCCGCCGCCCCCGGCUUAGGAGGUCUCGCCUCCCCCUUACAACCCGGCCGCAAUGCCGGCGGGUUAGGCAUCACCAACCUCCCCCUUCUCCCCAGGCAAGAGUCCACCCGCGCAACUGAUAGGACAGAUGCCCUAUGGGCAGAGAUGCAAGCCACCCUCGAGGAAGUCGAGCUCUCGGCCAGCGGCGGCACGCGCGUGUUUGGACCUGACCACGAGAGGAAGCUUGACGAGCUGAGGAUGGCGCAGAUUGCGCUUGCUCAGGCGUGGGCGAGGAGUGAGGCUGAUGAGGCGAUCGAGCUCGCUAAGCCGGGGGAGACUACGGCUGCUGCUACGAGUGCUGGGGGGCCGGGGACUCAAGGUGAGGGGGCGAAUACGGAAGGGGGGAAGAGUACAGUUGGAACAGGGAGUGUCCCUCCUGGUGCUAGGCCGGGGAGUAGGAGGGGAGGUGGGAUGGAGGAGGAGACGGAUGUGGAUAUUUUGCUUGCGAGGAAGAGGAGGGAGGCGAAUGAUAGGUAUUUUCAGAGGGUGAAUCAGGGGGUGCUGGAUGUGGUUGCGAAGUUGGAGGAGGUGGCUACGGCGAUGAGGGCGGUGGAGUUGGAGAGUAAGGAGAUUUGGGGGGAUGGGGAAGGAGAGAGUGUUGCUGGGAGUUCAAAGAGUUAA